GCUGUCUCUCCAGCCCCCUAGGGAGUACUGAGGAAAAGAGGGUGGGGAGGAAAGUGCUGAGGAGUACAGGCUUUGAACUGGUCAGACAACUUUGGGAACCUGGGAGCAGUAGCCAAGAAAGGAGAGGAGAGGACAGGCAGGCAGAGCAACGGGCUGGAGGCUGGAGCAACGGGCAGGAGGCUGGAUAGGCCUUUGGAUUCAGGGCUGUGACAUGAAGCUGCUACCCAGCUGGACAGCGGUGCUGCCUGGGAGCCCUCAGGGCAGGGCCUGGCCGUGGGCACAGCGACCCAGAAGAACGGCUCACACCUGUGACCCAAAGAUGAGGGCCCGGGAGGACGCUGAGGGCCAGACACAGCAUGAGUCCCUGGGUUCAGCAGGGACCUCCACAAGGGACCCCCCAGUGUCCCUGUCCACAGAACCCAAGUUUGACAUGUUGUACAAGAUCGAAGAUGUGCCGCCCUGGUACCUGUGCAUCCUGCUGGGCUUCCAGCACUACCUGACCUGCUUCAGCGGCACCAUCGCUGUGCCCUUCCUGCUGGCUGAGGCGCUGUGCGUGGGCCGUGACCAGUACAUGGUCAGCCAGCUCAUUGGCACCAUCUUCACCUGUGUGGGCAUCACCACUCUCAUCCAGACCACACUGGGCAUCCGGUGCCCAAAAUGUCGCCGAGUCUGGCCUGAGGCCUCAGUGAUUUCCCUCUGUUCUGCCCCGGCCCCUGUUCCUCUGUGUCUCUUUCCCUGUGAUUCUCCCGGUGCCUCUCUCUGUGCUGGUCCCCCGCCCUCCGUCUCCCCUGUCUCUUGCUCCUGCCUCUCCCCUCCCAUCCUGUCCCUGUGGCUCUGUGCAUCUGCUUCCAGGCUGCCGCUGUUCCAGGCCAGUGCCUUUGCAUUUCUGGUCCCAGCGAAAGCCAUCCUGGCCCUAGAGAGAUGGAAAUGCCCUCCAGAAGAAGAGAUCUAUGGUAACUGGAGUCUGCCCCUGAAUACCUCACAUAUUUGGCACCCACGGAUACGAGAGGUCCAGGGUGCAAUCAUGGUGUCCAGUAUGGUGGAGGUGGUGAUUGGGCUGAUGGGGCUGCCUGGGGCCCUGCUCAGUUACAUUGGGCCUCUUACAGUCACCCCCACUGUCUCCCUCAUUGGUCUCUCUGUCUUCCAAGCUGCUGGCGACCGAGCGGGCUCCCACUGGGGUAUCUCAGCUUGCUCCAUUCUCCUGAUCGUCCUCUUCUCCCAGUACUUGCGAAACCUCACCUUCCUGCUGCCUGUCUACCGCUGGGGAAAGGGCCUCACUUUCUUCCGCAUCCAGAUCUUCAAGAUGUUUCCCAUCGUGCUAGCCAUCAUGACCGUGUGGCUGCUCUGCUAUGUGCUGACCCUGACGGACGUGCUGCCCUCAGACCCCACAGCCUAUGGCUUCCAGGCACGAACAGAUGCCCGAGGGGACAUCAUGGCUAUUGCUCCCUGGAUCCGCAUCCCUUAUCCCUGUCAGUGGGGGCUUCCCACUGUGACUGCAGCCGCUGUCCUGGGAAUGUUUAGUGCCACGUUAGCAGGCAUCAUUGAGUCCAUUGGGGAUUACUAUGCUUGUGCCCGCCUGGCUGGUGCACCACCCCCUCCAGUACACGCUAUCAACAGGGGUAUCUUCACCGAAGGCAUCUGCUGCAUUAUCGCGGGGCUGUUGGGCACGGGCAAUGGGUCCACCUCAUCCAGUCCCAACAUUGGCGUCCUGGGGAUUACCAAGGUGGGCAGCCGGCGCGUGGUGCAGUAUGGUGCCGGCAUCAUGCUAAUUCUGGGCACCAUUGGCAAGUUCACGGCUCUCUUCGCCUCACUCCCUGACCCCAUUCUAGGGGGGAUGUUCUGCACCCUUUUUGGCAUGAUUACAGCUGUGGGGCUGUCUAACCUGCAGUUCGUGGACAUGAACUCCUCCCGCAACCUCUUUGUGCUUGGAUUUUCCAUGUUCUUCGGUCUCACGCUGCCCAAUUACCUGGACUCCAACCCGGACGUCAUUAACACAGGCGUUCCUGAGGUGGACCAGAUUUUGACUGUGCUGCUGACCACGGAGAUGUUCGUGGGUGGGUGCCUCGCUUUCAUACUGGACAACACAGUGCCAGGAAGCCCAGAAGAACGAGGUCUGAUACAGUGGAAAGCUGGGGCCCAUGCUGACAGUGAGAUGUCUUCCAGCCUGAAAAGCUAUGACUUUCCCAUUGGGAUGAGCAUGGUAAAAAGAAUUGCCUUUCUGAAAUACAUUCCUAUCUGCCCGGUCUUCAAAGGAUUUCCAUCAAGGUCAAAAAACCAGCUUCCAGUUCCAGAAGAUAUCCCAGAAAACACAGAAACCGUGUACACCAAGGUCUGAAAAAUUACUCCCAGCAAAGGAAGCAUGGUAUAUAACAGGAAAAGAAAACUACAUGGGGAGUCAGAAGAUCUAAGUUGGAAUCCCAGCUCUGCUAACUAACUUCUUACGUAGGCCUGGAUAAGUCACUCUCUGGGACUGUUUUUGUAUCAGUUAGGGGAGGAAUGGGCCAAAGCCUCUCAGAGCCUUAGAGGCUUGUACCACCAUCAUUGUGUAUUUCUAAAUCUUUACUUUCCUAAGUAGAUAUGUUAGCAUACAGGGAAUAGCUGGAAAUUUUCCUCUACCACAUCUUUGAAUGCAAAUUGAUCAAGACAAAAAGAAACCAGGACAGAUUCCAGGGCCUGAAAUGUAGGGAUGCUGGCAGGAUUUUAGAUUGGAUCUGAGCCUUCAACAUUACUUACUUCAAGACCAAAGCAUAUUAAACAACAUUUUGGAGCAAUAA